UCGACAGUGGAUGACAGCGACUGCUGCUGAGAGCUUCAGAUCAUACGCCGCCGUGGGAAAAUAAGCUGCGUUUGUGUAGCUAACUAACGUUAGGUAGUUAGUUCACGUUUCGUACUAUUUAUUAUUAAAGUAUUUGUCUUUGAGGAGAGAUCGCAGGAAAAGUUUCCUGAAUAGCUGUUCAUAGCGGUAGCAGCCCGUUAGCUAAAGCUAAACCGGAGACGGGAUCUUAAUUAAUCCAGACGGGACCAACCCCAGGAGCCGGGUAGCAGCAGUCAGUCACACCCUUGUCUGGGGUUAGUGAAGGAACCCUGUAUGCGCAGAAAUCUUAAAUUUCUUCCCGUCACAUGUUACAAUGGUUUUUUUUUACAAAUAAAUGUUAGCCUCAGACUAAAUUUGGAGCUUCGGACCAAUAUUGUGAGUUAACUGGGAAGUGUGGACUGGAUAUGACUGACUCAUCAUCAUGGCACGGACAGAGGAGAUAACCCUGAACAGUCCGUCUGCUGCAGUGCCAACCAGACAGUCUCGUAACUAGCUAGACAACUGAGUUACACAUUCGAUCGUUUCUAUUAUAUAUUUCACUUCGCGGUGAACGUGGCAUUAUGAAUACCCCGAUGUACACGUUUGUUUCCCGUGACGACAACAGCACGGUUUAUGCAGAAGUUUCCAAAAUCCUCCUCUCAACCGGACAAUGGAAGAGGCUGAAAAAAGACAAUCCCAGAUUCAACUUAAUGCUUGGGGAACGGAACAGACUGCCCUUUGGACGUCUGGGCCACGAACCAGGACUGGUUCAGCUGGUGAAUUACUACAGAGGAGCAGACAAGCUGUGCAGGAAGGCGUCAUUGGUCAAGCUAAUAAAGACCAGCCCGGAGCUGUCUGACUCCAGUAACUGGUUUCCAGAAUCCUACAUCAUCUAUCCUACCAACCUCAACACCCCUGUUGCUCCAGCUACAAAUGGCAUUAGCCAUCUGAAGAACAAUCCCAAGACGGAUGAGCGAGAAGUUUUCUUGGCCUCCUAUCACUCUAAAAAAGAAAGUGGGGAGGGCACAGUGUGGAUAGCCAAGUCUUCUGCCGGAGCUAAGGGUGCUGGUAUUUUGAUAUCCCAUGAUGCUAAUCAGCUGCUGGAGUACAUUGAUAAUCAGGGACAGGUUCAUGUUAUUCAGAAGUACCUGGAGAAACCUCUGCUUCUGGAGCCGGGACAUCGGAAGUUUGACAUCAGGAGCUGGGUGCUAGUGGACCAUCACUACAACAUCUAUUUAUACCGGGAGGGUGUGCUGCGGACGUCCUCAGAGCCCUACAACAGCUCUGACCUGCAGGACAUGACCAGCCACCUGACCAACCACUGCAUCCAGAAGGAGCACUCCCAGAACUACGGCCGAUACGAGGAGGGGAACGAGAUCUUCUUUGAUGAGUUCAGGCUGUACCUGCUGAACACUCACAAUGUCACCCUGGAGACCAACAUAUUACCUCAGAUCAAGCACAUCAUAAAGAGCUGUCUGACAUGUAUCGAGCCGACAAUCAGCACCAAGCACCUGUCCUACCAGAGCUUCCAACUAUUUGGAUUCGAUUUCAUGGUGGACGAGAGCUUCAAAGUCUGGCUCAUUGAGAUCAAUGGAGCUCCAGCCUGUGCACAGAAACUAUAUCCAGAGCUGUGUCAAGGUAUCGUGGACGUGGCCGUUUCCAGCGUCUUCACCAUGAACAGCGGCGGUGACUGCCCAUCUGCUUCCUCUUCACCUUAUUCGUCCUCCCCAUCCUCCACGUUCACCACCAACUCCUGCUCCUCUCCCAAACUGAGAGGGCCUCUUCACGUGGGCCCUUUCACUCGGCUGUAAGCACACGCGAAUAUUCCCCUCGUCUCCUCCGUACACGCUUCUUUCAUGCUCUGUCCUCACUCCUCAACUCUAGCUGAGAAGCAGCACAUGGCAGCGAGCCCAGCCUUUAAUUGUACCUUGCCUGUCACGCCUGAAGGGAGUCUUUCUUUCUAUGGAGAGCACUGAGCGCCAGAAAUGAUCUCUGCUCUCCCGGUUAUGCAUAUUAUAACGAAUGUGAGGAUGGGGACGAACGGAUCAACAAACUUUUCCGGGAGUUUCUGAGUGAGGACAGACGCCCUUCCAUCUCAGUCCCACCACCAGUUUCUCCACAAGCAGAUUAAUGGAGGACUGAAGGAUGCAGAGACGCUCAAACUGAGACUGUAGUGCCUUACAUUUCCAGCCACGCUCCCUUAAAAAAAGACUGCCAGUUAGCUUGCUCUGUCACUGUGGCUUGUACUUGUUCUAUACGCCUUUGCACUGUUGCUCAGUAAAGUCAAUGGGGUCAUGGUCAGUCGGCAAGAAUUAGCUUAAAAACGUAUUACUUGACAUGUGAGAUCUUAGUGAAUUUGUGUAAAUUGGAAUGCUAUUUAUCUCAUGAGACACAUUUUUAUCUUUUUUUUGUUUUAUUUGCAGCUUACCUGCAGCUAUCUGUGCCCCUUAGUUUCAUAGGAAUGCUAAAAGCGAUCAAGAGUUGUUAAAACUUACAAAGACUUGUAUACUAACCCGAUGUGUCUUUAUGAGCCACACAUUCAAGACGUCAAGGUUUGCCUUGAAAAUCAACAUUCCUCUAAACUUAGCCAUGUGGACGCCAUAUUUAAUUUGCGUUUAGGACAGCAACAAGGAGGCCGUCCUUCAUCUGGUAAACCAAGGUUUAAGUCCGUCCUAACAAGUGUCCCUGACCCCUGACCUCUCUACAGCAGAGAGGAAAGACAAGUAUUAGCCUGCAGUAUUCUGUUCUCAACUCAUUCUUCUACAAAAUAGUCCAGCUGAAGACUAUUUGGGCAUUUUAUUUGUCAUCUGAAGAGAGCAUGUUUGCGUGAAAGCAUGUAGUAGAAUGCAUCCUCAUACAAGCCCCCACAGCACUUGUUUGUCCCAGUUUGUAGAGCUGCCCUAAUGACUGUUUUAUUUCUGACGUAUGAAAAGCUAGACUUGUCAUUGUAAAGUGUCUUCAACAAGUGUGUGGAUUAUGUUUUUGAACUGUUAUGUAAUGAAAGUAGUAGUAGGUUGUGCAAAGUGUGUAAAAGGCCCCAUGAAACGAAACUGGCAGGACACAAGAGACAUAACAGAGCUGAUGGAGACAAAAAAAAAUAUUUCAUACUUUUUACACUGCGCUUGUAUAACAUUGUGUGUCAAAUGUGUGUUAUUACCACAGAAAAAGUCAGCGGACAGCCAGCGGCUGCAAGGAAGACACAGACACACGUCUUCAUCCCGUCACUGCCUCUUCUUCGGUUACUGCUUGUGUUUGAUCAUGUCACUGUAUGAACCAAUUUGUACUGUUCUUUUUUUUUUUUUCUAUCAGAGUUGCAUUUCACGACUGUUUUUUGUUUUGUUUCAUGGGGUCCUUGAAAGAUUUCAGUUCUUUUCUUUUAAUGAAUCUCUCUGUGAAUAGAUAAGACCUUUAGAGGGGUAACUCAUCUAUUUUAUGUUACAGUUUGGUAGAAAGAGGUGUUUAGUUUUUCCUCAGACAUGAAACUUUAAAUUAGCUAAAGAAAUGUGCUCGUUGGGUAGUCGAUUCAACUGUUGUGUCUCCAGGAGCUCAUUUUAAACAAAAUAAGUCAUUCUAGGAGUUUUAGUAGGCGUGUCUCUCGUGAUGUUAGAGUCCCCGCUGCUCCUCUCUUCUAACCUCGAUUCAAACGUGUGAGGCUUUACAUCCCAUGUUGUGAGUAACUUAAGUUAAGGGACACCAUCGGAACAUUAUUGUUUUAAAUCGCUGUGUAUUUGUGUUUACAAGAUGACUCUGGGAAAUGAAGGAUAUGAAGAUGGUCAGACAGAUGGAAUAGUUACAGAGCAGGUUACACUGACAUGAAACUAAGAACAUGACGAAUCCAUUUCUGUGAUGUUUUGCAGAGCCCUGAUGUAGCCGAAAUGCUAUUUUUGAAAGUUUGGAAAAAUGAUGUAUGUCAUGGUUGUGUUGACAAAUGGGUUACACGUGUUUGCUGAUUUUUGAAGUAUCAGAAGCAAACUGUCAGUAUUGGAAUUCAAUUUGUAGGGAAAUGUCUUUCUGUCAAAGGGAAAGGUGCCUUAGGGGGAAUUGCAUAUUGAUAAAAAAAA